GUGGAAAUCCAAUCAAGCCAUAUACGAGUGAAGCGUGCUUGGCCGUUUUGUGCAAAAGGACCCAGUAGCCUCACCUACUAAAGCUUCCAUUUGCUGGAACUGGGCAUCCACCCAUCCCUGCCAAGUCUUGAGAGGACUCAACUCCAGGAAGGCUUCCUGCCAGGCCCCGAGGUGGUACUUUCAUGCUCACAGCCACCAUCACCCAGCGCAUGCAAGUUGGUUUCAAGCUAUCCAAAACAUCAACAGCUUCUGGGUGAUUCCAAGGAUUAAAGAGUUUGUGGGUUGCUAUGUUAAUGCUGCUUGCCUUUGGACUAUUGCUUCAUGAAGUCCCUCUGAGUGGUCAAGAUGAGGCUCAUUCUGAGGCUGACAGUGUGCCAGGCAAAGCCCUGUAUGACUACUCCAGCCUCCGCCUCCCAGAGAAGCACAUUCCCUUCUUCUUGCACAAUAACAGGCAUAUUGCCUCUGUCUGCAAGGAGGAUUCCCAUUGUCCAUAUAAGAAACAUCUAGAACAUCUAAACUACUGCUGGGGCUAUGAGAAAUCCUGCAAACCAGAGUUUCGAUUUGGCUACCCUGUUUGCAGCUAUGUCGACAUGGGAUGGACAGACACUUUGGAGUCAGCUGAGGACAUGUUCUGGAGACAAGCUGACUUUGGAUAUGCCCGAGAGCGGCUGGAGGAGAUUCGCACACUCUGCCAGCCAGAGAGAACGAGCGACUCAAGUCUGGUUUGUUCCCGGUACCUUCAGUAUUGCAGAGCUACUGGUCUGUACCUGGACUUAAGAAAUGUCAAGAGGAACCAUGACAGAUUCAAGGAAGAUUUUCUUCAGAGUGGUGAAAUUGGAGGACACUGUAAACUGGACAGUCAUGCCCUGAUGUCUGAAGGUCAGCGCAAAAGCCCUCUGCAGUCUUGGUUUGCUGAACUACAAGGCUAUACUCAGCUCAAUUUCAGACCUAUAGAAGAUGCUAAAUGUGACCUCGUUGUCGAAAAACCAACAUAUUUCAUGAAAUUAGAUGCAGGUGUUAACAUGUACCAUCACUUUUGUGAUUUCCUCAACCUCUACAUCACUCAGCAUGUGAACAACUCUUUCAGUACAGACGUGUACGUCGUGAUGUGGGACACCAGCUCUUAUGGAUAUGGUGACCUGUUCUCCGAUACCUGGAAAGCAUUUACUGAUUAUGACGUCAUACAUUUGAAAAACUACGAUUCCAAAAAGGUGUGCUUUAAAGAAGCUGUGUUUUCGUUGCUGCCCCGCAUGCGGUACGGGCUGUUCUAUAACACUCCGCUGAUCUCUGGCUGUCAGAAUACUGGGUUAUUCAGGGCCUUCUCCCAGCAUGUGCUGCAUAGGCUGAACAUCACUCAAGAGGGACCCAAGGAUGGGAAAGUUCGAGUUACCAUUCUUGCACGCAGUACAGAAUACCGGAAAAUACUGAACCAAAACGAGCUGGUAAAUGCACUGAAAACCGUAUCCACAUUUGAAGUUCGGAUUGUUGAUUACAAGUACAGAGAACUCGGGUUUUUGGAUCAGCUGAGGAUCACACACAACACGGACAUAUUUAUAGGCAUGCAUGGAGCUGGCCUUACCCAUUUACUUUUCCUCCCAGACUGGGCUGCUGUAUUCGAGCUGUACAACUGUGAAGAUGAGCGCUGUUACUUAGAUCUGGCCAGGCUCAGAGGUGUCCACUACAUCACCUGGAGGAAGUCCAACAAGGUGUUUCCUCAAGAUAAGGGGCACCACCCGACGCUGGGAGAACACCCGAAGUUUACCAAUUACUCUUUUGAUGUAGAAGAAUUCAUGUACCUUGUCCUUCAGGCUGCAGAGCACGUAUUACAACAUCCACAGUGGCCGUUUAAGAAGAAACAUGAUGAACUGUAGAAAUGUUGAGUUUGUUUACAAGAAGACAGUGUUUAAAUGCUCUCACAUCCAGACUCACAAUCGAAGGAGCAGAACAACCUGUCAUAGCCUACUGUAAGAUGAAACAUGACUUUUGACUUUUGAAUAUAGCUCAGGUUGGCCUUGAAUUAACAACCCUCUGAACCUCCUGAGUGCUGGAAUUACAGAUGUGUGCUACCGUGCCUGUCUACAAAAUUGCUUUUUCUAUAAGGAAACACGCUUUCAGGAUAUUUUGUCUUCAAGAUUUCCAUGUGUUUGUUGUGUCAUUGCUAUUUGCCAAUAGCAAUUGUAUUUUUGCACUGAAAAAAGUUACUUUUAUAGUUCGCAGUUGGGCAGGUGCCCAUUAGUAUAGCAGAGCUUUCCUAUUGGGAUACCAAAGUUGUCAACUUAAGCAGCUUUAGAAUUUGUAAGUGUGUUUGUUAACUAUAAUGUGAUUGUAAUUCCAGAAUGUUCCACCUUGUUGUUUAUAUACUUGGAUGAAUUCAAAACUGGUUUCAUAUUUGCCAUUGUCUGUUCAUAAUUACGGUUGUAGGGCCUGGAGACAUGGCUCAGUUUAGAAUGCUGGCCUUGCAUGUAAGGGGCCCUGAGUUCAAUCCCUUCCAACACGCAUGCUCACACACAUGCACAUACACACACCAGCGAAAGUCUGUGAUUCUCAGGACUAAGCUAUAGGACUGAGCUACAGACCAGUAUUUAGUCAGCUCCAGGUUACGUGCAUCAAGAACCCGAAUCAGUCGUGCCAUUGUCUUCAUUCGUGUUCACAUAGCUCAUUUCCAUCACGUUCUCCCCAAAUGUAAUGGCAGUGUUGAUAAUGAGAACACAUUGGAGAAUCCUGCAGUACCAUCUCUGCAGACCCAUCAGCCAUGAGAACAUUCAUGUUGACUUGCCAUGAAGGCUUCGUUUCCAUCAGGCAAGCUUGUGUAAGCACAUACAGCUGUGUGCAUCUACCUCUGGCAGGGUGACAGUAACCCUAAUGUUUGUAAAAACUGCAAAGUGGCCACAUGAAGAGACUCUUUCCCUAUUAAAAAAAGAAAAGAAAGACCACUAAAAAAACAGUAGCUGGUCAUUGGUGGUGCAUGCCUUUAAUCCCAACACUCUGGAGGCAGAGGCAGGCGGAUCUCUGUGAGUUGGAGGCCAGCCUGGUCUACAGAGUGAGUUUCAGGACAGCCUCCAAAACAAUAGAGAGAAACCCUGUCUCAAACAAACAAACAAACAAACAAACAACAACAAAAAAUACCCAAAACAGUAGAGCUGCGAAUUACCCAAUCAAAACAAAAGCCCUAAGAAAGAGGCACUGAUUAAGUCUGAACUGCAGGCUUGAACAGCAGGCUUGAACAGCAGGCUUGUCCUUGAACGGCUUCACGUCUCACUGCUGAUGAGCAUCCAGCUCUGCAGUCAGAAACCAUGGGUUUGUUCCACUGUACAGCCUGACACUUGCAUCUUAUUAACAUUUGAGUCGGCUAUCACAGAUGCUACUUUUAGUUUUUACAGUGGACAAAACAAAUCAUAGCCAAGGAUUUUACUUUUAAAUUUUAGAGACAUAACCCCCCCCAAAAAAAGUCCCCAAACUUCUCAGAAGUUUGCUGCCUUUGGCUUUCAGGGCUUGGUAACUGAGUUGUAGUCUUUAUUGAAAUAUUAAAGAAAAAGAUGACCCGCUGUAGGCGAGACCUCUGCUUGGGUUUUAAGAUUGUCUGGAAAGAAUUGUAACAUUGGGAACUUUUUAAUGAUAGGGUUGCUGCUGUUCUUUGUGUGUAGUUCUAUGUGAGCGGUAGGGGUGAGAGUGUUGUACAGGAAAGGGACUGUAGGGAGCGCAUUGUCUGAGUCAUCAGGGCCCCUGGGAAGCCAUUUGAAUUUUCAUCCUGUUACCUCAUUUCAGCAGCACAGGGACCUGUGAUUCCACAGACUACUGGGGACUUCAUGACUGAGAGCAAUUUCAUAAUAAAGCUGUAUUUGAAGAUUUUGUAUUUAGACAGAACAUACUUUAUAUAAAUAAGGAAGUCAUUUAAAAUUUUAAUUAUGGGACUGACUUGUAUCAAUUUUUUGUGGGAGCAGAAGAUCUUCAAAUUGUUGUAAAAUUGUAAAUGUAGACAUGACUCUUUUUAUUGUUUGUAAGGAGAUGCAUGGCUUCGGAAUAAAGCUUUAUAUUUCAUUUAAA